AUGUACAAGCCCAAAGCGUCGCUCUGGUCUCUGCGCACUCCGGCUGGGGGGCUGCCCGCGCACCCACACCCUUCGCUGCCCCCUCCCGAAAGCGGAGAGGCGAGCAGCCCGGGGGUGGGGGGGGGGGGAGAACGCGGCACGGCUGGGGCUGGACCGCAGCCCGGCUUUCCAACCACCUCUCCCCUACCCCGACACCCACCCGGCAUCGCCAGGAAAGGCGGCGGGAAUGGGAUGAGCGCAGCUUCAACCCCUGAAGCUCCCCGGCCCCGCUACUCGCCCCCGGCAGCAUCUCCGCUGCUCCUGGGGCAUCCCCGCUCGCUGCCCCCGGGGCAUCCCCGCUCGCUGCCCCCGGCAGCAUCCCGGCUACCCGCCCCCGGCAGCAUCCCCGCUCGCUGUCCCCGGCAGCAUCCCCAUUGCCCCCAGCAGCAUCCCCGCUGCCCCCCGCAGCAUCCCGGCUACCCGCCCCCGGCAGCACCCCCGCUGCCCCCGGCAGCAUCCCCGCUGCUCCUGGGGCAUCCCCGCUCGCUGCCCCCGGCAGCAUCCCCGUUGCCCCCCGCAGCAUCCCGGCUACCCGCCCCCGGCAGCAUCCCCGUUGCCCCCCGCAGCAUCCCCGGUCGCUGCCCCCGGCAGACCCCCCGGAGCAUCCCCCCGCUCGGGAGCUGCGCUUCCCCCGCGCUCCCACCCGCACCGCCGCGCACUGGAACUUGA